GGUGACAAUAAACCAGACAAACGCUGCUGGCUUUGGCUUUUGUCUCCAAGCCGAGCCUUUGACGAUUAAUUAGGAAAAUCAUCCGGACACUUAGGGAGAACGCGUAGGUGACUGUGCACAGGCGGGCAGCCCUGCGGGACACACAGAAGCCCAGCAACGCCGCCCUUGCCGCGGGCCCUGCGUGCCAGACCCGCGGAGGGCAGCUCCCAGAGCCGCGCCCCACGUUAACACCGCAUGGCCGGAGCUGCGGGACCGAGCUCGAUGCCCUCCGGCCGGCAGAGGGGGCGCUCGGCCCCUCGCUCCCCCGCCUGGAGCCCGGUUGCGCGGUUACGGAGCGCGUCCGUGCCCCGCCCGCCCGCUCAAGAGGGAACGGCGGCGGCGGCGGCGGCUUCGUGCCCGGGGAGCCGUGAGGGGAGCGGCGCGGGGGUGCCGGGGCAGCCGCCGGGGUGUGGGCGUGGGGCUUGUCAGGCCACGGGACGCCGGCGUGUCCUGCUGGAAGGCCCUUUUGUGAGGGGGAGGGAGGCCCUCUGCUUGCCCCAGGGCUGCGUGCAGCAGGAGAGGAUUGCUAGAAAACACAAGCACUUUGGACCGUUAUCUGGAGGAGCUGAAUAUGAUUGAGGAACAUGAGACUAUAUGCAGGGAAUCUCAGCAGGACAGUCUGAAGAUCAAACGAGCAAUAGUUACUGCUCCUAGAAGCAUGAGCAUUUAGCUCUUACUGGAAGAUUUAACACAUCAGAUCAAUCGUGUUGUUUAAGAACAUUAUCCUCUCCAGAGGUCAAAGAGUCCACAUAAGCCUGUCAUGCAUAUAAAUAAAAAUAUUACUACUUAAUUCAUUGGGUGUUCUGAAGUUCACAGAAAGUAAGGAUAUCUUUUGAAGAAAGAGAAAUGAAAAAACAAACUCCUCAUCUCAGGGUAAUGACUCACAGAAAUAUAUCUGUGGUAGAAGGCAGUGAUGACAUAAAUCCAAGUUCCUCUGAAAGAAUUAGCAGAGAAAAUGCCACAUGUAGUCAUGAAAGUCAUGUUGUAAAACUGCCUGUAAUAGCAUCAUUUGCAGGUACCACUAAAAAAAUUGUCAUGGUUAAGCACCCAGCACCACUUCAGAAGCCAAGUUACUGCAGGUCUAAUCUUCACACCAGUAAUUCCCCUGUGUCAUUAGGAAAGACAAAAACUGUUAGUAAAGUAAAGGAUAGAGUGCAUAUACUCAAGAUGAAUCCCCGUAAUUUAGAAAGGGAUAGAACUGAAGAAAUAGGCACUGUGUUUAAAGAUAGUGGUGAGUUUAGCUCUACAGAUUUGGAUACAAAUAAAAACAUUUCCAGGAAGGAAAAAACAAUCAGAGAAAGCUGUAAGAAGGGGAGCAAAGCGAUUUCAAAAACAAAGAAGCAAGAUUUAAAUGUUGAAUCAGGACAAGUGCUGAGAAAAGGAAGCAAGCAGCCAAGUGUGAGGUCUGCUCGAGAACAGUUGGAAGAGGCACGAGAUGUGACUAGACCAGACACUUCAAAAAUAUAUGAGAACUUCCAGCAGAGCAAAUCUGAAGAGCCUACUUCCACACCAGCAUUGCCUGUGAAAGUGAUUGCAAAAUCUGUUGAUGAAAUAGCUGCUUCCCUGCAGUCUACUUCUCCAUCUCCCUCAGACCAGACGAUCAAAGAACUCCUGGAGAGUGUUCUUGGCCAGAGAUACAACAUAAAAAUGGAACAGGUACCGGUCGAACAUAAGGAAAUAAAAACUGAAUCUCAAGAUAGCAAAGAAGUCCUGCCAAGUUUUCACCAAGCAAGCCUGGCAACAGUUGUUCAAAAAGACUCUCAAGCAGCAGAAAAUGAGUCUCAUCCUACAGAAGAGAUAUUAACACGUAAUAAUCAGGUGAAACAGGCUCCAUCUGCAGAUGUGCUACAAGUGAAAGGAAAAGCAAUAUCAAAAAUUAAACAAGAUGAAAUUCAGAAAGAGCUACAAGAGGAACACAGCUUGCAACAGUCUUUGUCUUUCCUGUUCACUCAUGCUUCAAAUGUCAAAGGUCAACAUUAUCCAAGCAUUCAUCAUCUAUGUACUGCUUUUCCUAGUUUUACGUUGCCUCCAUAUUUACAAUUGGCUUCUAGAAUUUAUCAUACUUUUGACAGAAGAGGUCACAAUAUCUUGUUUACAGCAGAGCACAUGGACAAUAAGCAAGAAGAACCAAUCUGCUCUAAAUAUAUUUAUUUGAAAGAGCAAGCUGAAAGGAAGAGACUUUGUUAUGAAGGAGUUCCUGUUUCAGAACAGUUCCAGAAUAAUCAGACAGAUGGGACUCACUCUCUUCCUCAUACAUCAAAAACUCCAGCUGACUGGCAAAAAGUAGCUGAAUAUAGUCUUAAAAAAACACAACUGCAACUGGUAGGAGAGAAAGUUUGCAUUUAUCCAGAAGCUUUAAAAAUGUUUUGGGCUCCUGUUCCACCAAAAUUCUUUGCUCCAAUUUCUUCCAUGAAGGAAAUUUUAUUUCCUAAAUAUGAGAGCAAUGUUAUUGAAGAUGUUGUAUUUGAAGACUUUUUAAUUGAUUAUGAAGAGUUAGAAGUUGAGCAAGAUGGUCAUGAUUUCUAUGAUUAUGUACAGACAAAAGUUCUGAGAAGAUGCCAGUCCUUGCCAAUUUUUUCUGACAGUGACAAUUCAGAGAUAAGUUUAAUUAAGAGAUCAGUCUCAUCUGUGGAGGUGGCUGCUUUCAAACGUGAAACUAAGUUAAAGAUGUCAUCUAAUUUCAAAACCAGCAUGAAAGAGUUGGAGGUUAUGAAGCAACGGAUAGCUGAGCCAAAGGUUGAGAGAGAGACUGGGAAAAGCUCCCCUACCAAGCAUCUAUUGAAUCAAGCCUGUGAUGAUCCUCUGUCAAUGCAGACAGACACACCAGUGGAAAAAAUGCCUACUUCAACUGGACAAGAGGAUAGUGAGAAUAUUUUACUUGUGCAGAGAGCUGAAAAGGCUGGAAUUAAAUACACCAUUUUCUCAAGAAGAAAGAAAACAAAGAAAUCAAAGAAAACAAUAAAUUCUAGAAAACUAGAAGCUGUGAUUAAGAAAUUAAUUCAACCUCCAAGGAUUCUUAAAAGGUCCGUGUCUCUGGGAAGACUUCCUACUCAUGAUAAAUUCAUUAUCAAGUUGUCUCCAGCAAUCAAAGAAUAUCGGAGCCCCAGUAUUCCUUGUUUAUUAGAUUUUGAAAAGUUUGCAAAAGUGAGGGGCGGAAUUCCAAAAGAAACUUCUGCUCGCACUUGGGUCAGUGCAAUCUGGAACAGCUGGUUUGAUGAAACUUUCCCUAGUAGUGAGAAUGCUUCUGAGAGUAUUGAGCUACUAAAAGGAACUAAUGCAGUGGACUCUCAAGAAGCAAAUCUACCAAUAGAAUUAGUUGACUCAAUACAGCCUGUUCUGCUUGAAGGUGAAACAGUUAGUAUUGAUGAUUUAGAAGAAGAAGUAAGAAGACUGACUGAGAUAAUAGAAGAGGAUGAGCAUCCUUCAGCUUUUCAUUACUGCAGGCGUGGAGCAAUACAAAAAAAGUUAGGGAAGUUAAAGUCAGCUAUGGAAGACUUGGAAAAAGCUAUAAGCUUAGAACCGCUACUACUUGAUGCUUACUGGCAUAGACAUUUGAUUUACCUCUUUCAAGAUAAAAUUUAUGCUGCUUUGGAUGACCUGAAUUUCAUAACUAAAUUGAACAAAAAUAAAGCAGAUACAUACCUGUCAAAGGCUGAAAUUUACAGAAAACAGGGUGAUAAUACAUUGGCAAUCAUCAAUUAUAGUUCUGCAAUACAAUGCUGCCCAACAGAUGAUGACAUUUAUUUCAGGAGAGCUGAGAUAUAUUUUGAAGAAAAUCAAUUAUUAUUGGCCAUGGAUGAUUAUACCAAAUGUUUUCAGUAUAACCCAAAAAGAACAGAUGCACUUAUGAAACAUGGAAUAUAUUUCUUUGACCACUCAGUUUUGACUACAGCUGUUCAGGAUUUUACAGCUGUGAUCAGGGAAGACCCUAGCAAUGCACAGGCAAGGUUGUAUCGAGGAAGAGCAUAUGCUAAACAGCGGCAAUAUAGAAAUGCAAUACAAGACUUAGCAGCAGCAAUUCAUCUAGACCCAUCUUGUUGGCAAGCAUUCUAUUACAGAGGUUGCAUUCUACAACAGGUUAAUCCAAAAGGAGCUCUUCAGGACUUCAGUGUUUCUGUACUCAUCAAUGACACUCUGGAAAAUUUCUGUUCUUUUCUUCAUCGUGGGAUUAUUUACUCAAAGCAGUGUCAAUGGUCGCUUGCAAUUUGUGACUUUGAAAGUGUCAUAGCUUUAAAUAGCUCUGUCAUCUUUGCUUACCUCAAUAUUGGUUUGAUACUGCUGUUGCAUCUGGAUCAAUACUAUGAAGCUAUUCGACAGUUUACUAAUGCAAUUAAAAUUGAUCCUCUCAAUGUUCGAGCCUAUUUAUGUAGAGCACAAGCAUAUCAUAAGAUUCAUAAUUUAUCAAAUGCUGUGAAAGAUAUGAAUCGAGCCAUUCAUCUUUAUCCAAAUAAGUCACAACUGCGGAUAUUAAGGGGACAGUAUUUAAUGGAGUUGAAGAAAUAUGAGCUGGCAAGUUUGUGUAUUCACCAACUUGCAGAAAUAGAUGAAGAAUCCUUUAACUCUCAGCCUGUUCAGCAAGCACUCAUUCAGUCAUUUUGUCAAAAUCACAAUAAAGCCAUAGAGAGCUUAUGCAAAGCUACAGCAACUCAGCCUGAGCCUUCAAUGUUUGUUCUUCUAGGAAAAAUACAAAUGAAAGCUGAGAAAACAAAGGAUGCUGUAGAAAGUUUUAAACGAGCUAUAGAGCUUCAGAUGACCUCAGCAAAAAUCCUACAUAAUGCAUUUGAGGCUGCUGAAAUGUAUUUUCUUAUGGGCCUGUGUUAUAUGGAGCAAACAAAUUUAUUACAGGCCCGUGAUUCUUUUAAUAUGGCUAUCAGACUACAUACACGUUACCCUGAUGCUUUUUAUCAGCGAGGGCUAUGUAGAAUGCAGCUCGGACAAGCUAAGUGCAUCCGAGAUUUCAAUCGAACACUUGCCCUUUGUCCAUCACACUUCCAGGCAUACAUGAGUCGUGCCGCUUACUAUGGAAGUAAAGGCAGAUACUCUAAGGCAAUUAUGAAUUGUAAUGAGGCAAUCAAAAUUCUUCCUAACAGUGCGAGAGCUUAUUUUUACCGAGGAACUUUGAAAUAUCAGAAUAAGACAUUUAAAGCUGCUAUUGAAGAUCUCUCAAAAACUAUUGACCUCAAUAAAACCUGCAUUUUGGCAUACUAUAACAGAGCAAUCUGUUAUCACCAAAUAAAGAACUUCGGAAAGGCUUUGAAAGACUAUGGAAUUCUUAUUCUGCAUGAAUUGAGCAAGGAAAUAAUUUUGAAAGUGUUAAUUAAUCGUGGACUACUCUACAUGGAAGUUGGUGAUUAUGCUAAUGCAUGUGAGGACUUUAAAGAAGCAGCAUUGCUUAGUCCAGAUGAUAGCAAGAUCUUUGAAGCUAUUGGAAUCUGUUAUCAUAGACUUCAUGAAUUUGAAGCAGCUGUGAGAUCAUUUAACCAGGUUCUCAAACUAGAACCCAUUUCUGUGGAUGCCUAUAUUGGACGAGGAAAUGCUUACAUGGAAAAUGGACACAAGGCUGGUCUUAAACUGGCACAGAAAGAUUUCCUGAAAGCAAUUCACCUGAAUCCAAUGUGUACGAAAGCCAGAAUUUGCUUAGGAUACAACUUGCAGGCCAGUGGAAGGCUACAGAGAGCUUGGAACCAGUUUAAAGUUGCCAUUGUUAUUGAUCCAAAGUGCUAUGCUGCAUAUGAUGGACGAGCUUCGGUCUGUCUUCAGAUGGGUGAAAAUUUUGCUGCACUUCAGGAUAUAAAUGCUGCAUUAAAGCUCACUACCACUGCUCCGCUGCUAACAAAUCGGGGCGUCAUCAACCAGUUAAUGGGGUAUCUAUCCUGUGCCAUGAAGGACUAUCAACAAGCAAUUUCUGUUGACCCCAACUAUGCAUUAGCUUACUUCAGUGCAGCGAAUAUUUACUUCCAUAAUCAUCAAUUUUCACAGGCCUAUUGCUAUUAUUCCAAGGUAUUAAAGCUCGAGCCAAGAAAUGAAUAUGCUAUUAUGAAUCGUGCUAUUACAAAUACAAUAUUAAAAAAUUUCGAAGAAGCAAGAGAAGACUUUGAGAAGGCAAUUUGCCUCUGUCCAUUCUCUGCAGCAGUGUAUUUUAACAGGGCAAAUUUCUAUAAUGGAUUAAAGCAAUAUGAACAAGCUGAGAAAGACAUUUCAACAGCAUUGUCAAUUCAGCCUAAUGAUGCCGUGAUGUAUAGACUUAGAGGUGAUAUUCGUGCUAAACUGGGUUUCAAUAAAGAAGCUGUAGAAGACUACAAACAAGCAAUCAGCAUACAAGAACAUAUUGAUUGCAUAUGAAAAUACAUCAGUUCUAUUUACAGAUUUCUCAGACUUCUAAUUAAAAAAGUCCAACGUGCAAAGAAAUGUGUCUUUAUUUUUAUAUAUUUUACACACACUUAAUUUUUCUAAAUAAUAUAAUUACCUUGAUUCAAUCCCAAACUAGCUGGAUUUAUGAGAAUAGAAUGCCACAUUUAAUCUUUAUGAGUUAUAGAUUGAUCUUUAUUUGUUAAAGAGAGAACUGAUCGUGUUGUACAGUGAAUGAAGAACAGAGAAGUAGUAGUAAUAAGCAAGAGGCUUCAAUCAUAUUGGUGACAGAAUAAGAGAGACAACCCCCUGGCCAGAUGACGACUGGAGUGUUUGGCUACCAACCUUCUAAAAUGGCUACCAAAUGCCUGUGACUGCUCACUAGGCCUCAGUUUCUACUUUAUAUCUUUCCAUUUCCCUGUCACACACACUAGACAUUGUGCAAGGUACACAUUACAGAGCAUGAGAACUACUCCAGGAACUGAAAUUUGAGAAGGUAAUUCAUUCUGAGAGUAAAAAAUUGAGGUCAUUUGCUUCCACUUAAAUACGUUACAGUGUCAACUUGAAGAGACAUGUAAAAAUGCAUAAGUAAUAGAUCAUAUUUUUUUUGUUUUAAGUUGUGAGAGUGGGUUUAAGAAUAGACUCUCAUCUAAACAUGGAGAUUGAAGUGCGAAUCAGUGUGAACAAAAUUUAAAAACUGACAGUCCCUACCCAGGUGCUAAAUUAAACCCUCCAAGUCUGGUAUAACAUGGUUAAGACAGCAAAAGGAUGAAGCAAAACAGAUGUCUUUGUCUCAGAAAAGAGAAAAAGAAGGACUCUUAAGGUUGCAUUCAGAAUGUAAACAGUACUGUGGGUUCAGGUGGUGAGAAGAUUUUAAAGGCACAAAUGGUUCUUUAAUGCCCAGUCCCAGAGGUAUGGAAAUUAUAUGUGUAUUUUUAGUUUAGAUUUAGAUAUAAAAUGCUGACAAUUUACUUCUUGGCAGGUAAGGAAGAGCAGAGGAAAAGGGGAGGGGGAACUUCACCAAACAAUAGACCUAACACAUACUGGUAUAUGCCUUUAAUUGCCUAAUCCCCUGUAUGUGCAAUAAUUUGUAGAUAGAGAAUAAUCCAGAAUAGAUUCAAAGUAAAUAAUCUAAUUCAUAUUAAAGGAACAUCAAAGAAUAGUUAUAGAGGUUGGUUUAAAUUUAUAACUGAUUUUUUCAUUUAUGUAUUGUUGAAAUGAAUGUGAAAAUGUUGUCAUUGCUUUUUCUCAAAUAAUUGUGUUUUAUUUACUCUGAGUACUUAAAACAAUGAUAUACUCUAUUUCUGUAUAUUCCCUGUUCUUGCAAACCUAUGGUGAAUGUUUAGUCAAUGUGAUAGAGAGUGACUGGAAGUUUAGCUAUGUUCUGCUGUCUAAUUUUUUUCAUUUGUAAUAUCACAUUACAUUAUAAAAAAUCCUAUGCUUGUCACACUUAUGAUAUUUGGGCUGGAAAAAAAUUACCAUUGAAAGGCAAUUCAGAGUAUCACAACUAAGAUAAGUUGAUGGAGAAAAGCAUUUGUCUAUAUCCCUACUCUCCUUGAUUGUCUUAUCUAGCUGUUUAAUAUCUAGGAUGAUGACAGAUCUAGCAAAUGCAAUGGUUGUUUGGAAUAGAUGAAUCAUAGUCACAAUGCAUAAAGGGUAGAAAAAGUUUACAAAACAUUGCUUUUAAUUUCUUUAUUCAUGAUUAGUUUCUCUGGUGUUUAAAAAUAAGAGUUUAUAGAUAUAAGCACUAAAUUAAAAUAUCUCUAGGUAAUGUAGGAUGUUUUUGCCUAGUAUUAUCAUAGAAGAAAACAUAGAAUAUUAUGUCAUAGCAUUCAUUACAUAGUAUUAUUAUAUACAUUAGUGUGUUACUGGAAAUCUAUUUGGUAUAACAGUUUUUCUUGAAAUUAAAUUAAAAUAUUUGACCAUAAGAUGAUCAAAAAUAAAAUAUAUAAGUAUAAAUUUACAAGUGGCUAUAUUUCCAUGCAUGACUAUCAUGGUUGUUGAUGCAAAUUGGGGAAUUAUUUACCUAAUAUCCUGUAUGUGCACAAAUCCAAAGUUUGCUUGAAUGAUGGUGUCAGUGUGAGGCAAAAACAUUUUUUUUCCCCUUUCUCUUUCUCCACAUGGCUCUUUCAGUGCUUUUUAUUAUCUGAAGAAUUGUUUAUUGAUGAAAUUGUUAAAUUAUUCAUGAUUCUAUGGCCUUUUCCUUUCUUUGACCUCCUUAUGAAUUACCUGCUGAUGGGUUGUGAGAUAGUGAUGCCCUCAUCAUGUAUAGAGCAUCAUCAAAGUUAAAUCAGAAUGAAAAGAGGCCAAACCUUUCCCUUGGAUCCUUUCCUUGCCGUACUCACUAUAGUUUUUUUUUUUUUUUUUUUUUUUUUUUAGCUUAGCACAUCUUGAAUAUCAACCAGAAAUGAACAUUAAUAAGACUUUUAUCUUCACAUUUAAAACUUGAAAUGAAACAAGGUCAGUUAUGACUUGCUGUUGGUAGAGUGACUUGAUGUAAAUGACAUGGACUAUUGUCAUUUACAAAUUUUUCAUCUGUUACACAAUGCUAGGAUGUGGGUGGUGGCCCACUGAAUUUCCAAUUUUAUCAUUCAUUACCACAAUUUGCAAUUCAGGGAGCAUAUUAGCUGCUUUUGAAAAAGUGAAAUGCAUGAAGAAUUUAUUUGCAUAAUAUAACUUGUAAAUUUCAAGUUGCAUGAUCAAAAUUUACUGCUUUACUUGAAAAAUAGGUUAUCAACUCCCUUUUUUUUUUCUUGAAAUCUUUCUUUCAAAUUUUCUUUCUCAAGAUAAAUCUUGUAUUUUCUAAAGCAUUUUAAAAGUCAGUGGAAAUAUUUGUAUAACAGAACUUCUUUCAUGUCUUUUUUAGUAAAAUAGAUUGAUAAAGUCAUUAGUGAUUUUAAGAAUCAUUGUUCCACUACAUUACAAUUGUAUUUUACAGGCUGAACAGGAUUAUGAUGGGUUUAUUGCAGCCUGAACUUUGUUCAACCCAGUAUGGUAUGGUUGUUAAACUCUGAGAUUUCUUCCUUUGCUAAUUAUAGAUCCAGAAAAUUUUCAUAAUUGGUAUUAUGAAAAUUUUUGCUUCACAAAAUCACUAAGAGAAGCUCUUGUCCCUUGUUAUACAGUGGUAUUAGUUCUUUCUGUAUUUAAAAUCUCUUUAGUGGAGCUUAUUUUUUUUCUGUAUUUUCUUUGACUCUUUUUCUAAAAAAUCCAUUUGAUAGGCUGUAGUUUAAUAAAGCAGAUUACUAAGAAACCUCAGCUGCAUUUAUGUUUGGAAACUGAUGCUGAGAAGACUUGUGUCUAGAAAGGCAAAAUACAUCAGCAGUGGAACAUCUCUGUUGCUAUCAUAUCACAUUUGUCAGUGUUACACUUUAUUGUUAAGAAUUGCACUACUUGUGACCCCACUAAAAUCUAGUUUACUAAACUAGUUUACCUGUGACAUCUGUGUUCCUAUUUAUGUCUUUCCAUGGACAAAAUGAAAAAUCUAUAUAUAGGUUUUAUCCUUAGUUACUGGUAAUUAUUCCAAAUAAGAAAUACAAG